AUUUGAAAUCAACAGACAAGCCCUCAAAGAAUUGUGUUCUAUUACAAAAUAAAUUAUAAUAAAAUAUAACUGUGGUUGCCUGAUCAAGUAGUCCUUUGUCAUAAACAUAAACACAGCUGUUAGUAUGGCUCCAGUGUUUUCAGUUGUUAAUAUGUCUAACUGAAGGUCGUUUUGAGAAGAGAAUUAUUUUUACGUUUACCAAAGUUAAAAUAUUGGGUCUAAUGAAUUUUCUUUCGAGAUCGUAUGACUCUGCAAAAAAUGGCAUAUUCGUCAGUUUCAAUCAGGAUUACACAUCCUUGUCAGUCAGUACUUGUAAUGGAUAUAGAAUAUUAUCCCUUAACACAAUCGAACAACCCCUUGAAAUUUGUCAAAGCGAGACUGAAGACAUUUGUAUAGUUGAAAGGCUGUUCAGCAGCUCCUUGCUGGCGAUGGUCAGCCUGAGCUCCCCUCGGAAGCUGAAGGUCUGCCAUUUCAAGAAGGGGACAGAGAUCUGCAAUUACAGUUAUUCCAAUACGAUACUCGCUGUGAAGCUUAACCGGGCUAGGCUGGUCGUCUGCUUGGAGGAAUCGUUGUACAUCCACAACAUCAGGGACAUGGCCGUUCUGCACACGAUAAGAGACACCCCUCCGAACCCAAGCGGGCUUUGCGCCCUAUCGACGGACAGCGACAACUGCUUCCUCGCCUACCCUGGCAGCUCUACGAUAGGGGAAGUUCAGAUAUUUGAUACGGUUCAUCUGAAUUGCAAAAUGAUGAUUGCUGCUCACGAUUCACCGUUAGCUGCAAUGAUGUUCAGCCCCAACGGAAACCUGAUUGCCACUGCCUCUGAGAAAGGGACUGUCAUACGUGUAUUCAAUGUUGCCGAUGGUGUAAAGCUUCACGAGUUCAGGCGUGGUGUCAAGAGGUGUGUAAAUAUUUAUGGACUCGCUUUUUCACCGGAUGCUUCUUUGCUAGCUGCAACUUCCAACACUGAAACGGUGCACGUCUUCAAGCUCGAAGACACUAGAGAUGAAGCGGGACAGGGGAGCUCCGACGACAGUGGACAAAGUUGGAUGGGAUACUUGAGCAAAGCCGUAGUGGCCUCCGCGACUUACUUACCGAUGCUCCAGAUGAGUGUCCUCAGCCAAGGCCGAGCGUUUUCGUGCGCGCACCUACCUCAGCACGGUCACAGGAACAUCUGCGCUCUCACCGAAAUUCAGAAAGUGUUACGCCUGUUGGUCGCGUCUUCAGAUGGGUACCUGUAUAUAUAUAACAUAGACAAGGCCGAAGGUGGUGAUUGCAAUCUCAUUAAGCAGCACAGGCUGCUAAAGAAAGCAGAGCCGGGAGCGGCCCCACACUCGUUGCGGGAGCCAGGCUCGAGAGGCGGACCAGGAGACGACAACCUGGAAGCAGGCUCCGUUAGUACUUACGCUGGCAUUCUCAAGGGAAACGAUCCGGGCACUAUGUCAGGUACAGAAUAUACCAAAUCAGAAAAGAUGAACGAGAUUGCUUCUGCUUUGAGGAGGCCAGAGAAGGAAGGGUUUAUGCUCACGGACGACCAGGAGUUUCCUCCCGUCACUCUCAAAAGUGAUUAAGUAUCACCAUUUUACUUUUAUUGUUUACAUCAUGUUCAUUAUUAUAGUACUCACAAAAUACAUUUUAUGUAUUUUUGUAAUUGAAAAAAUAUAUGUGUAUAUAAUUCAAGGUGUCUACAUAGAAAGAAUAUUGGAAAAGCCAGAUAUUUUCAUCAAACCAAUCAGAAAGUUGGAGAAAUUAAUUAAAUGGUGAAAAAAUAAAAUAAAGUUACUAAAUAAAUAAAAUUGAUUUCGUGAUAAUCGAAUCUUUCUUUCUUCUCAUUUUACAUCUAAAAAUAAAAUAUAAAUGUAACAAUUAACAACUCAAAACAUUAUAUUAAAGUGAAACAAUUAUAAUUUAAACCUUCAACUAAUGAUUUGCUCAAUGAGAAACUAAUUAGAAAUACAGUGGACCCUCGCCAAUCCGAACUAAUUAAUUAAAAAUGAUGUAGAGAUGGUUGACCGUGAUAUAAUAUGAGAAGGAGUUUCGUCGGAUGGUGCGGUCAAAUAAAUACUAAAUUUAAAAAAAAGUAUUUUUAAUGAUUAUGCAGACGUUUCUACCCACCUUGCAGGUCCUUCAUCUUUUGUAGCCCUGAUGAAGACUUGCAGGGUGGGUCGAAAUGUCGUCAUAACCAUUAAAAAUACUAUUUUUUUAAAUUUAAUAUUUAUUUGACUGCACUCUCCGUCCAAACUCCUCUAAUUAAUUAGAAGUAUGAAUAUUCGGAUUACCUAAUGGUAUUUUCUUAAAAUUCAUAAUUAAUUAUUUUUCAAUAGUGUAAACUACCAUUGUUUUAAUAAUACAAUGUCGCACUGGAGAUUAAUUUAAUGAAAAGGUUAAUUAUAUCCGCCUAUAUUGAGAAAAUAAAUGCGCUUCCAAAUUUUAAGAUGUACCAAUUUUGGAUUUUAUUUUUUAAAAACAAGUUGUUAUUUUUGACUAGAUUAUUUAAUCCUCUGCACAUUAAGUGUUGAUAACACGGUUUUAUUGAAUGUGUGUAUAAAUGUACUACAUAGCUAAAUUCAAAUGUUCAUUUUUACUUUUUUAAAUGUGUGUUUGGGUGGGAUUAUAGAAUGGUUUGGAUUUGCGACAAUCCAAUUUAGUUAUAUUUCAUCAAGGUUUUGUCUACUCUAAGCGCCUAAAACUGAAAUUGACUAUAAUUCUUUUGAAUGAAAAUAUUGAGAGGAAAAAAAUGAUUGCAUUUCACUCGCUUAUUUUGUGGGAGGGGGGGAGAAGUAGGGAAUUUUAUUUAAAGUCAGCUGAUGGCUUUUGUAGACACCUUGAGUAUUGAAUAUUGAAGCUGGUCGAUUGAAGAAAAGAUAAAUCAAACCACUUUUUAAAAAACAAAUUUGUUUAUUUUGUAGGAGUUGUAAAUAUAUGUACAGAUAUGUUUAAUGUAAAAUGGUAUCACAUUGUGUUUUAUGUGCACAUUUUAUACAUUAUCUCAAAUUUGUCUUUCUCUAAUCGUUGUAUAUUGUUGUAUUGGCUUACUUUGAUAACAUUUGUAAAGUAAAGUCAUAUUAUUAUUUUCCUUUUUUGAGCCAUUUGAAUGCCUCUUGUCGUGCAGUUGUUUAUAUAUAUAUAUAUAUAUAUUGACUGUUUUUUGUUUUUUUUUAUUUGGUCUCCAUUGUAUGACCAAGAUAAACAUUGGUACUAAUUUAAAUUUACGAUACAUUGUCGAUUUUAUUGAUUCCUAUAUUUUCUAGUUUUAGUUACUUUUAUUUGUAAUCGUAUUAAUCACAAUUAAAUUUAUCUUAGUUGUCAUUGGUUGUUUUUAAAUUUUAAUUUGUGUGUCUUUUCUGCCAAAGACAAUUAUAUAAUAAUAAUUAUACGAUAAAUAAUUAUUUAGAACAAGUUAUUUUUUUACCUUAGUUUAACAAUAAGCAUAACAAUUUUAUUUUUAUGCUUAGUGUUACUUUUUUUUAUUAUUUUUUGAAAAUAUAUCGUAUGUACUUUCGAUUGAUUUCCUAUUUCUACGUCAUAAGUUCUAUAUUAAGAUAGGAUCAGUCAGUCAGUACAAAUUAUUUUUGUAUGCUAUUGUUUUUUGUUUUUUAAACAAUGUUUAGUUUGUUUUAACAUUGUGUUAAAAUAUAAUUUUUUGUUUUAUAUUAAAAAAUAUUGUUUUCCUAUUUCUAUGUGUCAUAAGUUCCAUUAUUUUUUUAGGAAAUGUUUCUUUUCUUUAUAAUAAUAUAGAAAACUUGAGAUAUUUUGUUUUUUAAAAUGUUUUACCUAUGUACUUUUAUAUUUGUAAUAAAAAUAAAAUAGCAAUUUG